AUUUUCUGGAGACGUCCGGCUCCGAUCUCCCCCACCACUUUCCGGGCCGGCCCGUUUUGGUUGGCGGGUCAGCAGCCCGAACUUCCUCCGUCAUCUCCGCCGCGGCUCACCCGCGAAUGUGCUGUACUCCUACAACCACGAAGUUCUUGGAUAAUCUUGCCAUCAUUUUACUCCAACAGACGCAGCUGUUGAAAACCAAACUCCUCUAUACUUCAAUUGAUACUUCCCGGCUUUUUUCUGGACGAUUCAGCAUGGCGCAAAAGGCUUGGCGGGACUGGGUCUAUCUGGCCAUUGUUUCAACCCAGCUCUUUGGGAUGCUCGCUCUCGACUUUGUCGCCUUCUACCCCAAAUCCCUCUACGCCUCUCCCUCCGCCCCUCUGCACUUCCUCGUCUCUCUCCGCAAGACGUACGUCGCCACCUCGGGUGACCCGUUCUUCGGCGACGCCGGCCACGUUCCCUGGUUCCAAGGCUUCCUCUACGUCGAAGCCUUGGCCCAGUUCCCCCUCGCCGUCUACCUUGUCUCCCAGCUCUCGUCCAAGAAGGCCUCGUCUGGCUCGUCUGAGCUCGCAGGCCUGGCGUUCGGUUGUCUGACCGCCAUGGGAUCUGUGGCGUGCUGCUUUGAGCUCUGGGAGAUGGGGCCGGAGCUAGUCAAGGACGAGCACAAGGCAAAGUUGUUCUACGGGACGUAUAUGCCGUUUGUCGUCAUUCCUGCCUUCAUGGCUGUCGACAUGUACCUGAGGCUUCUCCCUCGCGUACGCGCGGAAACUGUCAAGCCUAAGAAGCAAUAGAUAAAAGC